AUGGUGAAACACCAACCCUUACAGGUCUAUGAGAAACAGGUCUUUUUGUCCUUUGUCACUGGGAUCUAUGGUUGUCGCUGGAAACGCUACCAGCGUUCCCAAGACGACAGCUCCAGGUGGGAGUGCACAUGGUUCAUCAUCCUAUGCAGUUCUUUCUUCCUGCUCCUCUUUUGGGCCUACUUCUGGUUGGUGGCUCAAAAUGAUUUCAACGAGUUCAACUGGUCGGUAUACAACCGCUCUGGAGAAUGGAGGGACGAGACGAUCCCCAUCCUUGCAUCCACCACCGUGGGAUUCAGCUACAUCACGUUCCUAAUGAUUUUAGCACUUUUCCAUAUUUCCCUGGGCCAGCAGAUGAACCUCUACUGGGUUCACAAGAUUGGAGUGUUGGCUACGUUGAUAACCAUUAUCUCUGGUGUCGUCACUGUUGAUGACAUAUGGGGGGAUGAGUGGGACAUCCUGCUUGUUUCACUGCAGUCCACAGCCCCUUUCCUGCACAUUGGAGCCCUGGCAACAGUCACAGCAAUCAGCUGGUUGGUAGCUGGAUACGUGGUCCGCAGAGAGAGAUCCAAUUUCCACAUGAUGGUGUUGGUGAUCUACAUUGUCAUCCUUCUGGCUCUCUAUUUGGCACCGCUCACAUUCACCUGCCCCUGCAUCAUGGACCGCAACAGCCUCAGGCCGCGACCAGACAUCAUUGGUCGACGCGGAGCUCCUAUGCUGGCCCCAGAAAACACCAUGGUGUCCUUUAACCGAGCCCUGCAGCAUGGAGCCAGCUCUCUGGAGGCAGACGUCACCAUCAGUGUGGAUGGUGUUCCUUUCCUUAUGCGAGACCGCACGUUGAGAAGGACCACAGACGUCAGUAAGGUCUAUCCAGCCAGACAGUUUGACGAUGCCUCUUUCUUCAACUGGACAGAGAUUCGCUCUCUAAAUGCAGGCCGGUGGUUUUUGGAGAGUGACCCCUACUGGACAGUAGAAACCCUGACAGCGAGGGACCGGAGCAGAAUAGGCAACCAGACGGUCUGCAGUCUGGUGGAAAUGCUGCGUCUGGCAGCCAGGGCCAACAGCUCGGCACUGCUUGACAUCCGCAAACCUCCACCUGAGCACCCGCGCUACCGGAGCUGGUUCAUGGACACGCUGUGGGCCGUGCAGAAAGCAGGGAUUUCCCAGAAGAGGGUGAGGACUGUGACGUGGACCCCCGACACGGACAGGGGGAGGGUGCGAGGACUUCAGCAGACCGCAAACGAGAAGCUGUCGGUGGAAGAGAUCAGGCAGAGGGGAAUCACAAGCCUGACCCUCCACUAUAGCAAGGCCAGCCACAAAGACAUACAGGAGUAUCUGGCCAACAAUGUGAGUGUGACUGUCUACCCAGUGAAUGAUCCCUGGCUCCUCUCCAUUCUGUGGUGUAGCGGGGUUCCUUCUGUGUCCUCUGAUGCCCCCCAAGUCCUCCGAAAGGUGCCUUACCCCAUCUGGCUCAUGAGUCAGAGCGCUUACAACUUCAUCUGGAUCACUUCAGACCUGGUCUCCCUCGCCGUAGUCAUAGGGAUCUUCUGUUUUCAGAACUAUCAUGUAAUCAGAUGGAGGAUGAGCGGGAUGCAGAACUAUAACCCAGAACAGAUCAUGCUGAGCGCUGUGACGCGUCGGUCCAGUCGAGACGUCAACAUCAUGAAGGAGAAGCUCAUAUUCUCAGACCUCGACAACGGCCUCAGCAGUACAGAGGAGCUGUCUCUGUAUCCUGAGAACGGUUAUGCCAGAUACUCUGAUGGAGGCGUCGCUGACUGAGCAGCCAAACUGACUGCCGCAGCUGUCGGAUCUCGGAUGUUAGUUUGAUUUCAAAGACUUUACUGACGUUGUUCCAGGGUAACUGAUCUAUUCAACUUAACCCAGAAGUUAUGACAGCAUAGAUACCAAAUCUCGUCUAAAGUAUUUGGCAUCUUGGUCCGUCAGAUUUUAAGAUAACACAUUAGUCACAUGCUGAUAUGCAAAUUUUAUGUAUUAAAUUUAUGUAUGUACUAUCCAUUUGUAAGUAUUUUUAACUGUAUAAGACAGUCUUAGCCACAUUCCCUUAAAAAUAGUUCAACAUUUACCUUCAAAGUUGCCAUUAAAAGUAAUUUUCUCGCUUUCAGUGUUAUAAAUUGGUGUUGAAAAGUGUCAUUCCUCAAUGGGAACACAUGGCUGAUGUGUCUAUGUUGUCAUCACCUAACGGGUGAGCUGACAAAGGAGCAAACGUCUCAUGAUGAGUCCAAUGCCACUGAACUUAAACCGUUGACCAGGUAAAACCAAAAUGUGUGUUUCUCCAAACACGUGUUUGAAUCAUAAAAAAUUUAAAUCAUCAUCAUAUGACAUUUUCUCAUAGAAACACGACUUCUACUCAUUCAACAUUAUUACCAGCUAAAUGUGGUGAUGUGUGUGGUGGUAGGGCCAAAAGUCCGUUUGACAACCAUGAGAAAUAAAACUCUGUUCAGUGUGUUUGCGUGAGUGACCUUCUCAAAAGUUAUAUUUGAGGCGAUAAAGGCUGUAAUCUUGUAUUUUUUUAUGUUAUGUACUUCAUUGUUGUUUUCUAACAUAGGAAACAGUCUGUGUAGUGUACUGUAUUAUAAACUAAUGUACUGUAAAUAUGAGUUGUUUUUAAAUUUUUUCAAUGGUUUGGACAUAUCAAUUGUAUAUUUUUAUGUUUUCAUUUAUUACCAACACGACUGAUGUCCUCUUGUAAGUGCGAAAGAAUGAUUAGAUUAGGGCCUACGUGAAAACUUCUUUUCUUUCAUUUUUCAUGGGGUGAGGGGGUUUUGAGAGUAUAUUGUGAUCAACGUUGUAAUCUUUUUUCGCCUCUUUUCUGUCAUGCCAUGAUUGAUUUACUAUAUAGUCAUAUUAGUUAUUACGACUUUCACAUGGCUGCCUUUUUUAUUAAAAAAAUGGACUGGUAGAAUAGUCUAGGAUAUUCUUUGUCUUUUAGUUUAAUAGUAGGGGUGCAAAUUUCAAGUUAGAACUUUUACACUUUUAGCAGCAGACAUGUUCAAUAAAAGUGAUCUUUUGUCUUUGA